AUGCCCCUGCCCGUCUCUGUAGGAGCUCUAAACCCGCCAGUGUUUAGUUGCCAUGAGAAGAGUGUAAAAGAGGGGUCGGAUACUAUAGAAAAGGGCACUGAAGUGCUUUUAUUCACCUCCAACGUGGGAAAAGAGUACCAUCAGGGAGACAGCGUGUCAUUAGGAAUCAAGCAUGAAGUUGUUGACAUCGACUGUGAUAGUCGAAGAAACAGUUUUAGUCAAGGGGUCGAUCUGCACAGCAACCUCAUCCCGAAGGCGUCCGUCUCCACAGAGGUUCUCGAUCGCGGGUUAGAUGUGGAGGGUGGUACAAAAAGCCCAGACGCCAAGGAGAUUUCUUCUUUUCCGAUCGAAAGAGCAAUGAGAGUAUUCUUCUCGGAAAGCGAGGAGGAUAUGACAGAAGCCCCAGCGGCGUGUGGCCCUAAGGAACCCUCUUCACAUACCAGUCCCACUACUAGCGGAAGCUUGAGUGGUAGUAGAAGUGGUAGUCUGAAGGACUCCUCGCUGGAUGAUCUCGGAUUGCGCGCAAAGUUUUUUUUUCCUUCAUCGUCUUCCCACCAGGCUGAGAGAACUGUAGCGGUACCUAUUCGAGAUUCCACUUUCCAACAGUUGAAUAGUCACACAAGUGAGUGCAAUACCCAAAUCGGAGAGCUUACAAGCAAUUGCUCCUUCAAAGGAAAGAGAAAAAUACAGACCUUCGUAGCACCACAAAACCGAACUCCUACAAAAAAAAUCCCUCAAAGUGGUGAAAGGACACCGUACUUCGCUCCACUAAGUCGCUCAAGUGAGCGAGGUGAAGGGUCGCACUCGACCAUAGAAAAGGUGUUGCCUGUCACGCAUCAGAACUACCAUAGUUUUCAGAGCCAUAGAAAGGGAGGCAACGAAAGUCUAAGGGAAGUUGACGAUACGGCCGUCUGUUUCACCCUUAUCCCCGUCCAAGCACAAGAAGCUGUCAAUGGGGAGGGGGACCAUUGUACGGAAUCAUGCAUCUUUACUUCACCUACUCUCAGAACUAGCGCGGCCGAUUUUUUGAGCAGAGAUAGAGAAUUGAGUGAGAAAUCCAACAUGAACGAUUCUCAUAUAGCUUUGGGUGCUUCAAUAUCCUCGGCUUGGAGAAAAGGUGAUGCUGAGAGAGCAACGCAGCUCUACUCCACUAUUUCAGAUGACAACACUGAUAAAAUAUCCUCUCCAAACACUAAAGAGGUGGAUCAAGAAGGCAUGUGCGGUGGCCCUCUGCAGAGUUACUGGCAUGAACGGAAGGUAGCGCGAGCGCAGCAACCUCAAAGAUCUACGCAUAAUGAAUUAGACAAGCAUUUAGAAUUAUCUGAAUGUUCGAAUACCAUUCUUAGUGAGGACAGUGGUAAAGUAGGGUCAGACCUUCCCUUAGAUAGCUCCACUGCCCUUCCCCCUAGUAGUUGUGGGGCUGGUGUUCAUCGCUCGUCGAAUCUCUCGGCGGCCCCGGAAACGGGGCCAUCCCCACCACCUCCAAUGACUUCUGGGAACCCAUCUUAUGUCAGUGUUGAGAGGACCUCGGGGCCCCUGCAUGUUGAUCCCAUGAAAGGAUUCCCAGUAUUAAGUCACAUAAAUGAUCGGAGUAGUGAAGUUGAACAGUGCUCAGCAUCUAAGCCCUCAUCAUGCUAUGCGCGUACGAACUCCCACAGCAUGUUAUGCUCUUCCAAUGUCCCAGCACAGGUGAUGGUGAAUGACAACGCGGUGCCGAAUGAGGGAAUAGAGUUAAAGAGAUUUCUAAAAAGACAGAUUAAUGAUUUGAACGAUAUUGACAUCUCUGAUAUGGAUACCAAAUUGAGGCGCAGAAUCUCUAUACAAGACCCCUUGGAAGCAGGGGACGUGCUAAUCCAUUCAGAGACAUUUCGCGCUUCCUGUUCAAAUUCAUCAUCUAACAGUAAGGGUACUGAGCUUGAAGCGGCUGAUACCGAGUUUGCAUGGCGUCGUGAUGUCGAAUUAGACGAUGAAAUUACGAUUGAGCUUGAGGACUCUUUGUUGUGGUCGGAGAAUCUAAACGUGAUGACUCUUCUCGACGUGACCCCCCUUUCGUCGGUUUAUCGCGGCCACGUUGUGCGUGAAACUUUGGGUACUGGGGACACGGGCCACCCGGCGGACUCGUCAACUCAGACUGAAACUGUACUCAUGGUGCUGAGGGUAUAUGAGUUGAUGAGUGCAAACCGUCAAGGAUUUACUCACUCUUUUCUCCAACAACGUGCCUUGCAGGUUGCACGGAAAAUGCUGAAAGCUCAAAGAAGACUAGAAGAUGCUGGGUUAGCGGGCCCUUCUGUUCCGACAAGAUCGCUAAACAUGAGGAGUGAGGGUUACGCUGGCAAGCAGGAGUGCCAUGGGUCUGUUUCCGACGAAUAUUUUGAUCGCCCUGUGGUCUGUCGCGGCAUUAUUGAUAUCCACGUCGACUCUUCAAAUCGCAUCAUCGCAAAAUUAGAUACCGAUCCAUAUGGUAUCAGCGUUAGCGACAUCAUCGCCUUCCAGGACACCAUGCUGUCGCGAGACGAGCUCAUUGCGCUGCUGUGGAGUGUGUUAACGUGUCUAUCCUCAUUACACGAGGCCGGCAUCACGCACGGUGCCCUCCAUGGCGGCAAUAUCACACUCUCCACAAACGAUGGUCACUGCACACUAGCCCAGUCAGCGGGUUUGAUGAAUACAAAAAUCUAUCCCGAUGAUUUGUCGAUUUUGCCACCGGCCAAGGCUGCCAUGUUGGCGCCGCUGUUAAGGCGUACAUCUAUCAAACAUGAGGCGGCCGUGCCGCAUCCAGACACGCCUCAGAAGCCCUUCUCAUCAGGGCUGGUAGACGAACUGGAGCUGUGCAUGCUGGAGUUGGAGGAGAAUGCGCCUUGGUAUUCUCCUCAAGCCGCUGAUGAUCUAUAUGCUAUUGGCACCCUUACACUGUUUGCUGUCAUAGGUAUCCCUGUAUUCUACGGGACAACGUACAGAGAGGUGGUCGAAACUCUAGCUGAGCUCCACCGUUUAGUAGUUAGUCGUGAAAUUUGCGUUUCUGAAGCACAAGCGAAUAACGGGGGUACCAAUAGAAGAGGAAGUCUGCGACAAGCACUUUGUGCGCGCAUUUUUCACUUGUGUUUUUCACAGAGUGUCUAUGUGUCCUUGCGUUGCAAACUGGCAGAUUACACUGAAGACUUUCUGAAUAAACUGUUUGAAUUUAUCGUUGAUUCCAUGGCGGCUAGCUUUGGGGUGUUGGACGAUGAAGUGCAGUAUAACAAUGCCGGGGACCUUUUGAAACAUAGCUUUUUCAAAAACCAUUUACCGGAGGGGCAAGAGAGGGGGUCUGAAGUGGUCGGAGAGGGCGAGACAAUGCAAGCCAUACAGGAUACAUUGCAUCGAGUCACGUAUCCUAUAUACACGAAUACCAUACUAAACAAAUCCUUGUGUGGCACGAAACCUUAUAUUGCACGCAUGCACCGGCAUUCGAUAUUUUCCUCACGUUUGACUGCCUUAAAAAAGAGCUGCCAAUGCUUUUGGGGAGGUCACUUCUGGAGAACCGGGAAUGGGGUGCGGAGUAACGAUGAUGAGUGUCUUGCUAUGACUACUGUAGACGGCAUGUGUGCCUUGUGGCCGACCUUGGGGCGAAGACCAGCAGGACAGUGGAGUGUGGUGGUGCCGUGGACGUGGAGCCUUCCUUCGUUUCCCGGGAGAGGUUUGAGUCGCACCAAUGAUCCAAUUCAUUAUGAUCCACACAAUCCUCAUAUGCCGCAGUCGUCCUUGAUCACUCAGCAGAAUGUCAGUAAGGUUAAUGAUGGCUUAACUCAUGAGGCUGUAGGUGGAGAAUUCUACUUUUCUUCAAGUUCCGGCUAUCUGUGCAUGAGACUGUCCCAGUCAGACAACUCUUGUAUCCAGAAUCCAAAUUCACGUCGAUGGGUGUCUCACAGUCAUACGAUCUCUCGGAUCUUUCAAGAAGAAAAGGUGAAACUGGAGAGGCAGGCGGGCUGCGAGGUGUUGCCGCGCUUCCGUACUGUACUCUUCGCAUCCAAGAAAAACUCGUUGCUGAAGCUCCAUCGCGGGCAAAUGGAUUAUUUUUGCGAUGCCAUUGAUACUGUAGUACUCAGAGAUCUCGAAAGCUGUCGAAUCGAGUUGCUCGUGCCGUUUAGGUUUGUUGUGCUGGUUAAUAUGAAACAGUGCCAAGUGUAUUUGGCACCCUGCUUUAUGUGUUAUAUUCAUCAAGUGACGUUCUGCACACCCGUGGUGGUGGCUUGCACAUAUCUAGUGCUGCGCCAUGUCGCGGAUGUGGUACUGCAUUGUACAGCGACCACCCUUAUUUCUGGCGAUGAAACCAGCGGGGGAGGAAACGCGACAAACAGCUUCGAUUCAGACUCCAUUCUUAAGAGUGUUCACUGGGAACCCUACUCACUCGUAUAUCCUGGGCUUUCAGAGGAUUUCUUACUUGUGGGACUCCCGCAAGAGUGCUCAGUUCACGCACGCAGAACUGACGAUAGGAUUGUAUCUUUAAACGUGACACAGGUCUCAGAACAUAUACCACCACAGCAAAGAAGGUCUACUCGUGACUUUAAUUUUAUAAGUGUCGGGUCUCGGACCGACGAUAUUUCCUACUCUCAUGCUUUGGCAGCUUAUGGGAAGCGGUUUAAGCAUUGCGACGACAAUGAGAGUGAUGUGUACUUCUUUUUCAACGAGCUACACAGGAAGGAUGUGCACAUGAUGAAUGUGCAUGGUGGCCCGAAGCCAAAAGUGCAGAGCCUCCCUGAUGAGUCGUAUGCUAAUGCGCACGCCAACGAAUCCAAAACGGCGUCGGGUAACUUUGUCGAAGAGAUCACAUUAGGUGUGAAGCUGCAGCACACCCAGAUAAGUUCAGAUCCAUCUCAGCUCUCAGGAUACCGUGGAAUGCAACAAUGUGGUGGCAGGGGUGUUCACGAAGCAGGCGUUGUAGAGACGAGGAGGCUUUCCUGUGCAUCACAGUGCCCUGUUUUUUUUGUUCUUGACGUCGUUGACGACGUAGUGAUUCGCAAGUGUAGUCACUGCACCGUUUUCUUGGUAGGGUCCGUCGGCAACAUGAUAAUAGAAAACUGUCACCACAUGCGCAUCUUUUACGUUGCCAGGGAGUGUGUUGUCAAUUCGUGUAUGAAUUUGAAGCUCUUUGCUUUGGUCACAGAGUAUAUCGCGUUGGAGCGUUGCCAAGACGUGAUUGUGUCUCCUCUAUUCGUGGAGUGUCCAUACUUCGACACGAUCUUAAGAAGUAUUAUUCAGGAAACCUCAGAAGAAUCCCGAGACUACAUUUUUGAGGCCUACGAACAGCGUGAUAUUUAUACUCUAAACAAAGUUUUCCAAGUUGGUGGACAGGAUGUCUGCCUCAGUGCGUGUGAAAGGGUGGAAGUUCAAGAUUUGGCUUGGUACGAAGAGCAUCCCGAUGAACACCCAAUCCUGCUCUCUGUCUCAGUUCCAGUGUCUGAAGUGCAGGAGGCUGACAUGGAUGUUAUCCGUACCGAGGUAGGCUCCCGAGCGCACGAGGUCUCAGAUGGGGGAAAAGAUAAGAAGAAAUCGGUUUCUGUAGUUGGGAUAUCGUCAUGCAGCUUUUUUAGAGAGUGCUGCGACGCAGCACAGGAGAAUAUGGAUUUAAUCUUUCUACGAUUCCCUUUCAAGAGUAUGUUGUACGAAUGCGUGCCUCCUUACACAAUUAUGGGUGAAGAAGAGUGCAAGGCUUCAAAAUUUGCACAAGUUAUACGUAUACACGACUUAUUCGACCCGUCGUUGCUACGUUUACCUGGGUCUCUUCGUAUUCGGUCAGACUAUUCGCUACAGUCGGGGGGCAAAUCGGCAUGGCAACAAAAUUUGCCCCACGAUCAACAGUCAUACGUUGAAGGCUAUUAUAGUGGUCUGUCUGAUGAAUCAAGAAGUGGCGUGAUGUCUGCAUGUGAUCUCAUUCUUGAGAGUAUUGCUAUGGGGAAGGUGCAUCUUAUCGAGGUUGUGGGCAACCUUUACAUCCGUAAUUGCACGGGCCCCCUCGACAUUCUCGUAUGCGCUGCCAAUUACAUCGUCAUGGAGGGCUGCGUCAAUGUUACCCUUCGUGCAGCCUGUGUUGCCUUUGACGCUCAGGAUUCACAUCACUGUCACAUAGCUCUACACACAAACACACCACCUGGCUUUUUACGGUGUUCUCAUAUGCUUACCUCAGCAUUAAAUGCGGUAAUACCGAGCAUGGAAGAGUUGAUGAGUUGUGCAGGUGUGAAGGCGGAUGUGAACUUCUUCAAUCGCCCAUUCAUUCAUCCUAUCUCAAUGCGGCACGUUACUGAUGGCCUCGAGACUAAUGGAAAGGGGCGGCUGGAAUUGCCACGCAGCAGUACAGUAUUGGAGAAAAAUGACUGUGACGGGUCACAAUUUGAUAUCGUACGGGAGAUCGUCUGUAUAGAAAAACAGACGCGUGUGAAAAGUCUUGAACAGGCUUUUCUGUAUAUCCGGCGACCGAUCGCGGUCGUUCCUCCUCUCCCCAAGCUGCAUGUUAAUCUAAGAGAAAGAAAGAUUCAUUCCAUAGUGCCGUUGGAUAUACAUCUUCCAAAAGAAGAAGAGUCAAGCCAGUCACUAGAGGAUACGUUGAGGAUGGCGUUUGCUUUUAUUGCUGAAAGCGAUCUUCUUGCUCUACACAUGUUAGAAGAGGGUGGUGGUAAACACGAACAGGAAGUCAACAUGGCUCAGCAAAAAGGCAUCUUAGAACAGAAAAUACAUAUCUCCUCUAACACGCGUAUCAUGGAACCUGAGUCAAUAACUGAGUCUACAGAUAUUAAAGAGGGCGAAGUACAAGAGCCCAUGCAAACCCUUCCUACAUCGUCUGCAUCCGCACCGUGGCAUGACUCGAAGGAUCUUCAUUUGUGCCCAACUGAGAACGUUCGGAGACCCCUUCAAGGAGGACCCCCUCUGCUGGAUGAAUCACUGCUCAAAUCACAUGUCUCAUCCCAGCAAAGUCCGCACGUGGAGGUGGAUGUCACUUCGAUUCAAACUCCGGUGAUAGUUUAUCCUUUGCACACCCCAGAUGCAGGAGCAGUUGAUCCGAUUCUGCAAAACGCAAUCAAUGAGGCUUCAUUGACGGGUCGCAGCGCUACUGGGGUUGAUAUCAUCUCACCCAUGGGUGAUAGGCAAGCGGUUUCAUCCGACGUGCAUGCCAACACGCUUUACUAUGGUAGUAGCAGAGCAUUGAACACCAGGACGAAAGAAUCUUCUCUCCAACUCACAGCUGUUACGACGCAGGCUGUGAAACUUGGAUUUCUUCAUCAAGAGCUAGGAGAGAGUCCCAUGGAACUUGGUAAGCGUGAAAUCGGAGAUACCCUAGGGCCUAAAAGCUCAGAAGGGUGCACAUUCAAGAGGCGAUGCCCCAGCCCACAAGGGUAUGACACCCUAGGUCGUGAUUUCGGUCCUAUGCGAUGGGAGUUGGAGAAUGCUAGACGAAGAUAUUGGAGAUGGAGGGAGGAGGAUUUAGAUGGUGCAAUUUUAGCAGCACGUGUUGCUGCUGCCAUCCAGAAAAUAAACGAUUUAUGA